UACUAAUGAAUUGAAUUCAAUGUUAUGUAAUGUUUAGUCAAUAAAUCAUAUGAUAAGACUUGGCUUAAGUUUAAGUGACUUAACCCACGAAUGCGACAAAUGUUUGGUUUAGUGACCAAAACUUUGACGACACGUAUUGUGCGUUCACUUCACACGACAUCGCAGUUAUCAACACUUUUGGUCAAUGAGUCCGACGGUGUCAGACAUGUGGUGUUGAAUAACCCGAAGAAACGGAAUGUAUUGUCUCUGGCAAUGAUUGAAAGGUUGCGGGAAGUGAUUGUCGACAGUCCAUCACUUCGUUGUGUUGUUGUUAGCUCUAAUGGACCGGUAUUUUCGUCGGGACACGACCUCAAAGAGUUGACAACACAAACAAGUGAAGAAUACCACAGAAAAGUAUUUGACAGUUGCGGUCAACUGAUGCUAUCUCUUCAGAAAUUGAAUGUCCCGGUCAUAUGUCAAGUGAAUGGUUUGGCCGCAGCGGCCGGUUGUCAAUUGGUGGCCGCAUCUGAUAUUGUCAUUGCGAGUGACAAAAGUAAGUUUAGUACUCCCGGUGCUAGUGUUGGUCUAUUUUGUUCGACACCUGCCAUACCUCUAUCCCGAAGCGUUAACUUGAAAGCCGCCGCUUAUAUGUUGAUGACCGGCAAUACCAUUACGGCCUAUGAAGCUCUUAAGUGCGGAUUAGUUAGUCGAGUGGUUUCUGAAUCAGACAUCAAUAGUGAGACCCAGAAUGUGGUCAAUGCUAUACUUUGCAAAAGUAAAUCAGUAAUAGCUUUGGGAAAACAUUUUUUUUAUUCACAAAUUAACCAAAACUUGGAAACGGCUUAUUGUAACGGAUCUCAAGUUAUGGUCACUAACUUAGGCUUAAGGGACGCUCAGGAAGGCAUUGAAGCCUUUAUAGGCAAACGGACACCACUUUGGUCUCACAGUACCGAUAGAUACAAAUAAACAAUUUAUUGAAUAAUUAUUUUUACGAUUUAUUUACAACAAA